AUGAGGGAAAGCAGACUUUCGAUGAUCACAAAUCGACCGGAGACGUCCGACCCGGUCGAUUUCUCGUUUCUCUUCCUGUCGAACAUGAAAGAUCUCCAGGAAGUUCAACCACGAGAAAGUGUACACGUCAAAAAGAGAUCAGAUGGCAAAUACAACACAGCGUCUAUUAGACUUUCGAAUAAUAUCUUCGUCGAGCUGACGGGCUUUUCAACAGCGAUGGAGUUCAUCAUCAACAACGCUUUCAAUGCUUUACAAUCAGUUGACCUUAGUUUUAACGAAAUUCACAAAAUCGACGCUUCCUUCGAACAAUUUCCCAAUAUUCGUUCACUUUAUCUCCAUGGAAAUCAAAUAAACUCUUUGAAUGAAGUCAAGAAACUCCGAAGUCUAACCAAGUUGAAACGCUUAACUCUGCAUGGGAAUCCAAUCGAUAAUCUGCCCAACUACAGGCUCUUUAUUCUUUACAUUCUCCCAACUCUGCAGACAUUCGAUUUUUCGGGCGUCUCGGGUGACGACCACUUGUUGUACUGUCAAAUGCUCAAUACGACGCGAAAUCCUUGA